AUGGCUAUAUAUACAUCCGGAACUCAGUCAGAUAAUUCUGAGCCUGUUGGCAAUGACCCCAAGUUUUAUACAAGACCAAGUCUGGGAUUGAAACUAUGGGGACCAUUAGUGCCUAGUUCGGAUAACACAACAGGAUUGUGGUCAUUAGUUGCAAUUCAAACAGGACUUGGGUUAUUUCUAAUGCAAAGGUUUAGAAAAUUGGGAAAGAAAUGGGUGAAACGAGAUAUUGCCGAUUUUCCUAGUUUGAAUAGAUUCAGUACCACACACGGUGAUAUGUACAUGACUAGACAUAUUCCUGUUCAAUUCGGGGGAACACAUUCUUUCAAUAUUCGAGUUGGUACACGUACCGGUUUUUGGUAUUCAGAGAGAUUUAGAACUAUUAGACGUGUUACUUAUUUAUUAGCGGGGACUCUAAUACUCUCGCAGUCUAUGUUAGAGGUUUCAAGAUUGACCCUUCUCAAAUACGAUCCCUGGGUAGAAGAAGCAAAAUCAGUUCGUGAAAAGCAGUUUUUCAAUGACAUCGUCAAAUACUAUCACGAGGGAGUUGAUUCAACGAAAUUCAAGGCCAAGGAUGAAUUAUCAGGACAGUCAAUUUCCCUUAACUUACCAGAGGUGAAGCAAAGUAUCGCCGUAGCGAGAGCACAAGCGCAGGCCGAGAAUUUGGUAACUAAAUGGUUCGGACCGUUGGAUUAUAAACCACAGUCAUUCUCUGAAUUCUUAGACAAACUAGAAUACUACCUGAAUAUGACUGAUUUUCUCAACAAUCUCAGACGUCAAAAGAAGAACGAUAAGAUAAAUUCUCAAUUGGUAAAAUUAGAAGAAGAAAACAAGCGCAAUAGACAGAGAAUACAUACAUUGAUGGCUCAUGCUCCGGCACGGGCUAUCAGAACAAAUCAAGAAGUGCAGGACAUAUAUGCAAUUAGAAAAGUUCUCUUGCAUCAUGAUACAGAAUCACCAAAUGAUAUCCCACUAACUGAAAUAUGGGCUAUUUACAAUCCUUGGACAAAUUUAGCAUUAGACACCGCAUUAAGCAUUAAGUUCUUUCCUUCGGUCAUUUUUAAUGAAGACUAUUAUGAACACCAGAAAAGACUCAAAGAUUCAGAGCAUGUUACUUCCAUAGAGAAUAGCGAAGAUGAGAGAAAGCCAUAA